AUGCCACCAAGGAGACGUCGUGACAGCGAAUCACACCAACCCUCAGACCAGCUUCCAACCUUCCUCUACAACGAGAUUCCCAGCGAGAUAUUCAAUGCCUCAACACUUAAUGCCCGACUUCACAGUUCCAGAGACCCAGUUUCACCGUACGCAUCAAUCCAGAAGAAGGUUUCGGUAUCUCCAUCCGAUGAUUCGCAAAGGACUCAGACAGCCGUGAGGGCUAACAUGGAGACAAGCCCCAAAACACCAUCCAAGCUAAUGCCCUCUGUAAUAACCCAAAGCACAAGCAAGACAGCCCAGGAAGAUAGUCCGGCUAAUCAAGCAUUGACUCCAUCAAACAGAGCUUCGAAUACGUCAGGACCGGCCGUUUCACCCAUAUACAGCGAGGCCUCAGAACGCUUCUCAGCUGCCUUAAAAGAGUCUAGACCCAGCAAUUCCAAACAGUUCUACGAAUCGAACGACGAUUCCUACACUUCGGAUUUUACAAAACAUAGCUUUAGGGACAAAAGUGUCGAGGACGAGAUAUCUAAGUUCUCUUUCGAAUCAAGUGUUCGUGCUACUCCAUCUAAGGCAGACAGACAUUUACGAAGCUCGAGAGCUUCUUCGUUCAGUUUUUCGGAUGCACCCUCUAUAGCAGAAUACUGGAGUGCAUCUGAAGGAAGUGUUGUUCCGUUUGGCAGUGUAAAUGCUGAGAGUACUCCCAAGUCCGUGGUGAAUAUGCCUGGUUCUAUAGCCGAAGAACCAAGACGAGACUUGAGAAGCGAUCUUCAGUACGAGAUUUCUACCCCCUUAAAGGUGAAUACAGGUGUUGGCGACGAGCCAUCACCGAUAGAAGUGGUAGAAGGUGAUGAUUAUCGGGCCCCAGCAAGAAAGGUCAGCCGGGCUGUCAAUUCUCCCCAUUCGGCAAACUCGAGUGUUUCAUGGUCCGUUAACAAUCCAGACGAGUGGACCACAGAGAAUGUGACAUUUUGGCUCAGAAUGCACAGGUUUAACGACUCAUGGGUUGAUUAUUUCAUAGAGUGGAAUAUUACAGGGCAACGCUUCCUGGACUUGAGGAAUUACCAGACAUUGAAAGAAAUCAGCAAUGCUGUUGAUACUUCCGAUGACUCUACACCCUCGCGAUUCAUUCAUCUUUUGCGCAAAGUUCUGGACAAACCAUCUUCUCAAUCCACGAUCACCCAGCCAGCUUCUCCAAUAUCCCUUUUAUCUGAAAUAUCAUCUUCCACGGACUCAGUUACUGUACCUGCCAUGGGAGCUUCAGAGACUCAAGCUGCAGACCGGACUGGAUCAUCCUUGUCGAUGAUAUCGUCCGACUCUACUGCAAUUUCCAGUCCCACGAGGGUAGAUGAACUUGUUUCUAUUGCAUCUGCGCCGUUAUUGACCAGUACGCCGACUGGCGAGAAACACGGUCUCCAGAAGCAGUCCAUUCGCCAGCGGGACCUGAAGACGAACCUGGGUAGAAGACCUGUUUCCACCAUUGAAAGCUCCAACAAGAGCCCCUUUUUUGCACCUUCGUCUCCUUCGGUUGCUCGUGGAGGCUUCUUCAGAAAGCAUCAGAAGUCCAACUCAUCCGAGUCUUCGUUCUUCACCGGGUCCUUUCUAUCGGGAUCUCAUGAUUCCGAUAAAUACAAUAAGAAGCAUGAGAGAUCGGAAUCGCGUGGAUCUUCGAUCACGAAGAUGGACGUUACGGAGUCGUCGAAAAACCUUCUUUCAAAGUGGAAGAUGAGAGCCAAGGAUAAGGCAAAGGGCCCAUUAGAAGCUGCCAGAACGUCCAGAAACCCAAUAUCUCCCAUCACGCCUGUUAGCGCUUCUUCAGCUCAUUCUGCCCAUGACUUUUCAAGCUCGGAUAAGAACGAAAUUGCGAGAGUCACUACCACAGACACGAGACCAGAUAAAAAGACCAGAGGAGCACUCUCCGAAAAGAAGUCGUCAGUUGAUAGCAAUGCCACAGUUCGUUCAUUUGAGCCCCGUUUGAACUUGAAGUCGCCAGUUGACAAAAAAUCGCCUAAGUCUGUAUCUCCUCUUACGACAGCUCCAGGUUCAACUGAUGCCCUUACUGAGUAUCAGACCAGAAGGCCUCUUUCAUUCCAACUGGACUCCAAGUUUAGACCGAUCUCGAAGAAUGCAAACUCAGACCUCUACAUUCUAGUUACCACAGAUAAUAAGAUAUUCACGCCUGUGAACGUCGGUCUCGUCAAGAACCUGAAUGAGCUAAAGGUGAAACUCAACCAAAGCUACAAUCUGGUCGGGAAUUCUGGGAUCACAUACCAUCUGACUGAUUUUGGCAGCGAUCCUGGAGCUUCACUUGACGACGAAACUUUUGAUAAGUUACGACAAACAUCUUUUUUCGGUGGAACUUCCAAGCUGCUGUUGAAACAGAGGUUCCUUUCGCAAAACUCACUCAUUACCGCAAGCACCCAAUCUUCAAUUUCUGACUCAGUUGAGUCCAAUGGGUCAAGCGAGCAGUAUCCCGCAACUCCUCAGUAUCUUAUAGGUGCUGGUUCGCAGCCCUCCAAGGCCAAAGAUGGAGUUGACUAUCUCAAUUUCAAGGAGAGAAACGCAACACCAGUGCAGAAGCGCAGACUUCCAGAAGGCAGUCCCAGCCUGCAUUCGGUUAGCCCCAAACAGCCCUCUCUUCGUCAGACAUCGUCAGCAGCAAGCAACUCCAGCACAGAAACGAAGCUUUCCACGUUCAGGGUGAUUCGCAAUGAGAAAUAUGAGAUCGAUUUCGAUAAGAAAAGAGAGUCUCCUUACGUGAGCGCAUCAAGUCUGAUAGCCAAAAGAACCGCGCCUCCACCGCCCGAGGAUGGACCUCAAUCUGUGGCAGGCUCUUUGAGCUCGAAGGUUAGAACCCGAAGACGGAGAAUCCCUGCUUUGGGACUUAAUAUUGGUCCAUCAUCAGGUGAAGAUGUACAAUCUUCAGACAUGUCACCCGAACAAAUGCUGCGUUUGAGAAGCCGAAGUUUGGUUCAUCAUGCGUCCAUAAGAAGACGUGGAACUGGAAGCUCUCUGAUCUCGGUGAACAAGUUUAAAGAGAACCCAAUAUCGUUUGAAGGAGCUCCCCAACUUGAUGAUAGUUGCGACGAUAAUUCGGUCUCUUCCUCGGACGAUGGACUUUGGGCCAAAGAACCAACUUCCCAAAGAUCACCGGUAUUGGAUUCUGCCACUAUCAGCUCUAAAGAUAGUAGCCUCUAUGAAUUCGACAAAAUGACUGUUAGACCACCAGCAGAUGUGGUUUAUGAUAACCUGGAGGUUUUCUUCCCCAAUACCGAUUUAGAUAAGCCCAUAGUGGAUGAUGUGGUAUCACCGCCGGUUUCUCCUGUGGUGGAAACACAAGCAUCUACGCAAGCCACCGAAAAACCACCCACACAGAAGGAUGCGCCAGGAAAGCUGAUCAGACAGAUAUCUGUGAUCUCCACCGAAGACCCAUCAGAAGCUUUUCAGAAGGGUUUCUCUAGAGGCCACAGGAUGAAGACAAUUCGUAUAGUUGCCAGGGAAGCCAAAGAGGCGAGAACAAAGAUUCUGGAGGCCAGUGGAAAGGGAAAGAAAGAAUCGCUUCUGCGAAGGACUAGUACCAAGAUGUGGGGCCGCAGUGUUCGCGAAGUAACACCUCGUGAUCUUCAGAAAGGCUACAUCAGCAAACUGAGAAACCAUAACGGUGACUACAAAGAGUUCACGUGGGUGAAGGGUGGGCUGAUUGGAAAGGGUACAUUCGGAAAAGUCUACCUGGCCUUGAACAUGACCACCGGUGAGAUGAUUGCGGUGAAACAAACCACUAUAGCUGAUCUCAACAAAACCAAGGUGGAUUCAUCGGAGAUCCUAGAGGCCUUUUUGUCUGAGGUUCAGACCCUCAAGGAUCUGGAUCAUGUCAAUAUCGUACAAUACCUGGGGUUCGAGCAGAAAGACCAGACCUAUAGUUUGUUCUUAGAGUAUGUGGCUGGUGGGUCGGUGGGAUCUUGCAUCCGCAGACAUGGUUGUUUUGAUGAACCUUUGAUCAGAUUCCUUACCACCCAGGUAUUGGAAGGCCUGGCAUUCAUCCACCGCCGUGGCAUUCUACACAGAGACUUGAAAGCAGACAAUCUGUUGUUGGAGAUUGACGGAACCUGUAAGAUCUCAGAUUUCGGGAUUUCCAAGAAAAUGAGCGAUAUUUACGCAAACAAUGCUGAUAUGUCCAUGCAGGGUAGUAUCUUCUGGAUGGCACCCGAGGUGGUUGAUAGCACUAUCCAGAGCCGCAAGCAGGGCUACAGUGCCAAGGUGGAUAUCUGGUCUUUAGGCUGUGUGGUAUUGGAAAUGUAUGAGGGAAAAAGGCCAUGGGCUGAUCGCGGCGCAUUCAGUGCUAUUUUUUCUCUCGGAAAAACCAAGUUGGCUCCCCCAAUCUCGGAGGAGACUCACAAGCUGAUGUCCCCUGCUGGUCGAGACUUCCUGGAUUUGUGCUUCCAAGUGAAUCCAGAAAAGAGGCCAACGGCAAGAGAAUUGCUCACUCAUGAGUUCUGUAAAAAGGAUUCUACGUUCAAGUUUGAAAACACCAGAUUGUCGGAGAUGUUGAGAUUCAACGACAAACAGGACUUGAAGAAGGCAGAGAUGAUCAAGGUAUCAGCUCAAGGAAGCUAG